UUUGGUGUUUCGGCUCGCUUUUCUCCUCCCCUCUCCUCCUUCACGUCUUUUAUUGCAAGUUCUGUUCGACCGUUGUUAAAAUUCCGUGAAUGUAGCCUGCAUUCAUUUCUUCAUAACAGUGCAAAUUUUGCAGUAUAGUAAGUAUAACUAUUUCUGUCUUAAAACGCUAGUAACAGUUACAAGUAACCGUUACAAUUGCCCUUAUACUGUUCAGUGAAUGUUAAAAGUGGGGGGAAAACGGGGAAAUCCUUGGCAAAGGGUGGAGAGAAAAAUGGAGGAGGGAAAGGGAGAAUAAGAGACUGUACGGAGAAAGUAAGUCGGAAGGAAAGCUGUAUUUCCGGCCUUAAAGUGGAAGAAAAUUUCUGCAUGCAUGCAUGAGAAUAUCGAUUUGAGAAAUUACUGCUGGCUGCUUCGUUUUGUCGGUGUUUCCUCUCCCUGAAUCUCUACUCCCUGGAGGUUCUUUUCAGGGAGCAUAGGAUGGAUGGAGAGAAAGAAAGAGAGAGGGAGAGGGGAGAGGAGAAGGAGAGCGAUGAUGCAGAGGAUUUCAGUCAGGCUAUGGAUGGGGCAGUCCUGGAAUGGCAGGAGAGGUAUCCUGAAGAUGACCUAGGAUUGCCCAUCAUGCAUUGGGAGGCCCUGAGCCUACGGAUUGCAGAAUUGGAGAAACAAGAAGAGGACAGAAGAUCAAAGAGUACCAUUGUUCUGGAACAUGGGAGUGUGUCUAGGGGCUGGAUUGAAGAAAGGGAGCAAGUGAAUCAGAGGGAGACUUGGGAAGGAGGAGCGGAAGAUGAAAGCAGUCGAGUUACUGCUCUUACUUCACGUCUCCAGACUCAAAUGAAUCUGCAGCUGUGCUUCAUCAACAACAGUGAGAGUGAGGAUGAGGAUGAUGACAGAGAGGCUGGAAGAGAGACAUCUCAAGAGAUUGGAAUGGGUGGCCGUGGCCCUGUCAAACAGACUCCUUCCCUUUUGGCCAAUAACAUGGGAAAACCAACUGGACUGCAAAUUGAUCAUAAAGAGAAAAAGCGUCCUGUAUGCUGUGAAGCUGUGAAGGAGCAAAAGAGGCUGAACCAUGGUGACCUGCAGACCUUCAGCCUCAAGCAGCUGAACACACUAAGGGCCUCUCUCACCCAGGCUAUUCACGAUCUGAGCUCAGAGUUAGUGGGCCGACUCUUAACCCGUGACCAGCUGCGAACUGAGCAGGAUGCAAUGCUUCUGGAAGUGCAGGAUAUGACUACUCUGCGAUGUGAUGGUCAAAGGUCUCCAUGUAAUGUUACUCAAUGAAUUUUCUUGGGGACAAUGCUGUUGGAACUAUCCAAUACUGUGAAUUAUUUUGCUCAGAAUAACUGUGACUAUAUUGCUAGGGAUCAUUGAGCGUGGUAUGAACAUUUUUUUUUGUUGAACACAAAAUGUUUUUUUGAGACAUUGUUUAUCUGGCCAGUGCCUCAGUGUUGAUGGUUACCAUAGCAUUGUAGUGACUGCUGCUAUUGUUGCCUGACAAACCAAUGAUAUUUUUUGCUGUCCUCCUUAUCCUUAAAAAAUAAUUGUACUAAAUAAUGAACUAUCAUUAUUUUGUAUAUCUUUCCUGACCUCGCGCCUGCAAGGAUGAGGUAAUAGGAUGGGAUUUGAGGUAAUCACUAUGGGACAUCACAGAUUUUGGGAUGAAAGGAAAAUGUGCCAUUAUGUGUUUUCUUUAUGUACUGGACCAUGUCCAAACUCUUUUACAUAAAAUAAACAUUUCAUUCUUUUUA